AUGGCGAGACGCGAGCCGAUGGAGUCUGUGACGGACACGCCCGUGCUGGAAGAGGCUUCGCGACAUGACGCUACUGCUGCUACUGCUGCUGGAGGUGCUGCUGGCGGAGCUGCUGGUGCGGAAGACAACAGCAACAACCGGGGCAACUUUACGCGCAAUUUGAACAAAGAGGCGGACCACGUCGUGGCCAAGAAGAUGUUUCUCGGCGGACUGGUGUUCCUGCCCUGGCUACACUUUGUCAACGUCGUGUUCUACCGCAAACAGUUUCUCGAUCCGACGAUCGAUGCGGCCAUUACAUUGUGGGUGCGACGGUCCUUUAUGGGCUUUUGCUUCUGGACAGUGCUGUUCGUCUCGUGGGUGCUGCUCUUCCAGCUCAACUGGAAGGAGUUUGGCUGGUACAAUCUCGUCAUGGUCGUGCCAGCAGAGGACGAGAACGCAGGCUGGUGA